AUGGCGCAGCAGGACAAUCCACAACUUGCUGGAGGUGCUCCGCCACCAAACUUUCAUAUCGAUGCGUUCCACCGGAUGAAAAUUCGUAGGAAUAGAUGGGUAGAGAGGUUAAUAACGGCGUUUGCUAUUUACGGUUUCGGCACCGCCGAAUUGCGUCGUAAUUUUUUGCUACACUUGAUGGGACCGGACACCUAUGAGAUUGCUUGCGAUAGAGUGGCUCCGCAAAGUCCACGUACAAUGACGUAUCAAGCGAUUAUCGAUGUUUUGGAAGGACACUCUAAUCCUCAGCCUCUCGAAAUUAGCGAAAACUUCCGUUUCAAAUGUCGGAAACAGGGCGACAAAAAUGCCAGCUCGCUGGAUGAGACCAUAGACGAAUACCUCACUGCACUGAGGAGAAUUGCAGUGACAUGCAAUUUUGGAAAUUAUUUGGAGACCGCCUUAAGAAAUCAGCUCGUUUUUGGAAUGAAGAGUAACGACAUACAGGCACGACUGCUAGAGCGACUACAGUUGACACUGGCUGAUGCAAGGGAUGUCGCAGUAGGUAUGGAGUUGUCACUCAAAGGUGGAGCUGAAAUAGAAGGAGCCUAUGCCAAACAGGAAGUACAUGCUUUACAUCACCAACAAGGUAAGGCUCAAAAUAAGAAAGUGGGUGGAUCAAGCCAGUCUAGUGGCAAACCCGCUACUGAUUUACAAUGCUACCGUUGCGGUGAUAAAUCGCACUUAGCUAAAAAGUGCCGGCAUUUGAACACAGUGUGUUCUUAUUGCAAAAUUAAAGGCCAUCUAGAACGAGUAUGCAUGAAAAAAACUACUGCGAAUAGAGGUGAACCUAGCCGACAGGGUUCAAAACUAAAUACGGCGAAAGCCGACGUACGCGAAGGUCGUGAUGCCAAAAAGGCCAGUAGCGGUGACGUUAUGGUGGGAGAAAUAUGUACGGUUGACUCUCGACCAUCAGACGCAAAAAUGUGGUUGCCAGUAAAUGUUUGCGGUGUAGGUCUUCGCUUCGAAGUCGACACAGGUAGUCUCGUUAGCAUAAUUAAUACCCAAUACUACGAUAAACACUUCCGGAAUAUCAAAUUGCGAAACAGUGACUUGAAUCUGGUUAGUUACUGCAACACAGAUAUACAAAUCAAGGGAGUGUUGGAUGCUGACGUGAAAUGUAAUGGAACGAGAGCGCGUUUGCCUUUGUAUGUAGUAAAUUCGGGAAAACAUCCCCUGCUUGGCCGAGAGUGGCUUAAAGUAUUAGCGGUGGACUGGAGUUCUAUUUUGCAAUCUUCAGGGACAGUUCACGCGAUUAAUCCACUCAACAUUUCCAACGCCUUGAAUAAGCUUUUCACAACCUAUAUAAGAGUGUUCGACGAUUCGAUUGGAAAGAUUUCUUCAGUGCAAGCGCGCCUUACAUUGAAACCAACUGCAACUCCUGUUUUCUUGCGAGCUCGAAAAGUUCCGUUCAAUUUAAAAAAUGCGAUUGACAUUGAGUUAGAUAAGUUAGUAACUGAAGGGGUACUAACGAAAGUCGAUAACAGUAACUGGGCAACUCCGAUCGUUCCCGUUAAGAAAUCCGAUAACAGAUUUAGGAUCUGCGGGGAUUACAAACAAACGGUCAACCCCAACUUAAAAGUGGAUCAGCAUCCACUGCCAAUAGCAGAUGAGUUGUUCGCGUCGUUGGCAGGAGGUGAUAAGUUCUCUAAAAUUGAUCUGGUGCAAGCGUAUCUUCAACUUGAAGUGGCCCCAGAAGAUAGAGAGAUACUGACGUUAAAUACACACCAUGGGUUGUACCGACCGAAUCGUCUUAUGUACGGUAUCGCGUCCGCUCCUGCGAUUUGGCAACGCUAG